UCGCUGACGCGAAGCGAGAGGGGGAGAGAGAGAGAGCGAAAGAACGAAUGAGAGGAAGAGCGUGAGAGAGAGAGAGAGAGAGAAAGAGAGAAAAAAAGAAAAGAAAAGAAAAAGUGUUCGAGUGUUGCAUACACGCACAAAAAGGAAGCGAAAAGAAAGAACAAAUAAAAUAAUACGAACAAAAGGUGCAUCGUGGGAGGAAAAAAAGGAGAAAGAAAGAGAGAAAGAGAGAGAGAGAGAGGAGAAAAGGAAAAGAGUGAACUAUGCUACGAGUCGUCUUCUUGGUCGUCACCGCCGUCAUCAUCGUGCCGCUCGGUCUCGCCUGAACAAAGGAAGGUUCUUCUCCCUCAGCUCUCCGCGCCGAGGGUCGUUUCCGAUCGACGAACCGUCGGGAUCCUUCCUCGGGUGUCUUCGGUGCGGUUCGUGUGUUCGAGCGCGCACGAAGCGGUCAGUCACGUAGCAGCGACCGUCGUGAAGAGUUGUGGGGAACAAAGGACGACGGCAGGAUUUCGCGUAGGAGAGACAGCGAGAGGAACAACGAACGUUAUUACAGUAUAAUCGUGCGCAUCAUUACGCUCCAAAACAUUUGUUAACUGUUCGCGACUGAGAAAACCGGAUUCCGACAUCUAUUCGAAUUUUGCGAAUCGAGAUACAGUGCCCAGCCGAAUAUCGUGAGAACUACACACGAAGGUUCUUUCGAAAGAGACGCGCGCUGCGAGUUUUGCGACAAAGAGAGAAAGAGAGAGAGAGAGAGAGAGAGAGAGAGGAACUUGCGAGAGAUUCGCCGACGCGUCGAGAUUUCCGUUUCGACUUGUGCAUUGUGCGUACUUGUGCGCGUGAUUUUUUGCUCUUUUCUUAUACUUUUCUAUCCUGACAUUUUUUCAAGUUACGAGACAAUCUCAUAUAGGAGAGAGUGAGAAAGAAUUUAACAAACCAAAAAGAAAAACAGUUCUGUCUCUGUUGAACAUCCCGCUGAGAAAGACGCGAUUUGUGAGUGAGGGAAAGAGACCGAUAUACCUGAUUGAAUGUUGAAAGAAGAGCGAUAGAGGAGAGAAAAAGAUCCGGAUUCUCUCUCUGAUGGUAUUUGUGAGUAAUAUACCUGCUUGCUCAGCGAACCGGCGACCUAACCCUAAUGACAACGACGGCUGAGAAACGCGCGCGAGAAUCGGAGAAUCUCGUUGUGUAAAAGAGAAAGAGAGAGAUAGAGAGAGAGAGAGAGAGACGGGGGAAAAAGAAGGCGAAAGGAAAAGGACGAAAGUGAAAAAGUUCAACGGCGAUUGGUUCUCCUUCUUCGGAUUCUCUUGUCGCUUCUUUGCGCGACGUCCUUUGUUUUCUUGUGACAUGUGCCACAGAGUGUACCACGAUUGAAGAAAGACGAAAGCGUAACACAUUUUCGACCACACACGGAUUAUCCUCGUAUUGACGGGAUGCCGGUUGACUGAAGAUGGCAUCGCCGACACCCUCGCUGGAAUCGCGCGCUAAUUCUAUCGGGUCCCCGGUCUCGGUAUCCCCGGUAACGGUGAGCGGCAGUUCGCCGCAUGCUAGCGACUCGGCGAUUUUCGACGUCGACAGCGACUCGUAUAUCGACGCACCGAAGCCGGGCGAGGACCCGUAUCCAAGCUGUCGACUGGGUAGCAGUCACACUCCUUGCACCGGCUGCAAAUCGACAGCUGAAGCUGGCGCUGUGGCGCGUUGUUACGACUGUAACAACUUUCUCUGUUCGAACUGUCUGAUGGCACACCAGUACAUGCACUGCUUCGAAGGUCACCGGGUGUUGAAUUUUAGCGAUUCCAAGUUGGAGACCGUCGGCAGCAGAGGAGGUGGAGGAGGUGGUGGUGGUGUUGUUAGUGUUGGUGUUGGUGGAAGUGGUGGUAGUGUUGGUGGUGGCGGCAGCGGAAGCGGCACCAUUACCGCGACGACAGAAUUGCCGAAGAAUAUCUGUAACGGAAGUAACAGCGGAGGUGGCAACAGCUUAGUAAUCAACGGUAAUGUUACCAGCAAUGGCGGAAACGGUGAAAAAGUGCACAUCUGCACGCGACACAAGCAAGAGAUACUUAUGUAUUUCUGUCGCACUUGUUCAACGCCGAUAUGCAAAGAAUGCACAUUGACAGAGCACGUGGCACCGCUACACGACUGUGCUCACAUUUCCGAAGUGGGUACGCAACAGCUGGAAGCGUUGGCGCGAACCGUUCAGGAGUGUCGCGCCAAAGCGGCGGAUGCGCGUGCAGUUGUCAAAGCGGCGGACCACAACUCAGCGGUGCUGCAAGUGCAGUAUCACAAGGCGCAAAACGAAAUCAACGAAACCUUCAAUUUCUACCGGUCGAUGUUGGACGAACGCAAACAAGAGCUAUUGAAGGAGCUCGAGUCAGUAUUCUCGACGAAGCAGCUGUCUCUAAGCGUGAUCGGGCAACGUGCUAACGAGAUGGCGGAUAAAAUGAUACAAACUUGCGAUUUUGUCGAGCGCGUCACCAAGAUUACCAGUAUCACUGAUUUCCUGAUGGUCAAGAAACUACUCGAAUCCAAACUUCAGACGUUGCUUAAUUACACGCCAAAUACGGACAUAACGAGUCAGACUACGGAUCUCGAAUUUGUCAGCAAUUUCCAAGCUAUACAGGUCGGAGUUAGAAAUACAUUUGGUUAUGUGCGAAGUAGUAAUAACAGCGAGAACAGUACCGUUUCGAUUGUCAAGCAGCCACCGAUCGCGCGACCAACCGCCUUGUCGAGCAACGGCAUCAGUAGCAGCAGCAACAGCAUCGUCAGCAACGGGCCGGGAAGCGGCGCGAGUUCUCUGGGCGGUCUUCUUCUGGAACGGACCUACAGCAACGGUUUGAUCUCCACCAAUAUGAAUUGCGGCUCUUCGUCUUCGCCUUCCUCGAUCGACACUAUCAGCACCGUGAUCUCGAAACGUUUCAGUUCGGCCAACAGCCUCGGCCCAUUCUCCACAACACUUAGCGACGUGAAUGUGAAUGGCGUGGCUAAUCCUUACGAGAAGUGGAGUAACGGUAGCGACAGUUAUCCGGUGGUAACGACAAACGAUCACUUUGCGAUACCGCCGACGGUAGCCGUGGCGGCGAACGCCGCAGCCGGCGAUUCCGUCCUUGAACUAACAUCGAAGCUAAUGUCCGCCACCGCAAUAUUUCCACCAAAGUCACAGAUCAAACGGCAGAAAAUGAUUUAUCAUUGCAAGUUCGGUGAAUUUGGUGUGAUGGAAGGUCAGUUUACAGAGCCAUCGGGCGUCGCGGUGAAUGCGCAGAACGACAUCAUCGUCGCUGAUACAAAUAAUCAUCGUAUCCAGAUCUUCGACAAAGAAGGAAGGUUUAAGUUUCAAUUUGGAGAAUGUGGCAAGCGAGACGGUCAACUGUUGUAUCCGAAUCGGGUCGCCGUCGUCAAGACGUCUGGCGACAUUAUCGUCACGGAACGUUCACCGACUCAUCAGAUACAGAUUUACAACCAGUACGGUCAGUUCGUGCGUAAAUUUGGCGCGAACAUUCUUCAGCAUCCGCGCGGCGUUACUGUCGACUCGAAAGGACGAAUUGUCGUUGUAGAGUGCAAGGUGAUGCGCGUCAUCAUCUUUGAUCAGACCGGCAAUGUGUUGCAGAAGUUUGGCUGUUCGAAACAUCUCGAGUUCCCGAAUGGCGUGGUGGUGAACGACAAACAAGAGAUCUUUAUCAGCGACAAUCGAGCUCACUGCGUCAAGGUUUUUAACUACGAAGGUGCUUAUCUGCGACAAAUAGGCGGCGAAGGUAUAACCAACUAUCCAAUUGGCGUAGGCAUCAACACUCACGGCGAGAUACUGAUAGCGGACAAUCAUAACAACUUCAACCUGACCAUUUUCACGCAAGACGGCCAAUUGGUUUCCGCUCUUGAGAGUAAGGUCAAACACGCGCAAUGUUUCGAUGUGGCGUUAAUGGAUGAUGGUUCGGUUGUGUUGGCCAGCAAGGACUAUCGGCUUUAUAUAUAUCGCUACGUACAGGUCCCGCCUAUCGGUAUGUAGAACAGCGAUACGCUGUGACGACGACGAUGAUCCUCAUCGAUACAUUUGUCAUCGCCGUCAUCGUGCCGUCAUAGCUGCUUUUCACCAGCUGACGGCCACGGGAUCACCGUGAUCUCAUCUAUCUUUCGUGCUAGCCUGUCUUCUACUGUGCUUGUUCUACUGUCAAUGCUCGCGCGCUCCACUCAUCGCCACCUGCCCAUCUUUGCCCGCCCUAUCCACGAGACGUUUCACGAACCGCUGACCAUGAGAGAAAAAAAAACGAACAAACAAAAGGAGAGAGCGCACGAAAUGCGCUCCGCAUGUGAUUCCCGAGGGAUCCUCGACUUCCGAGCGAGCGUCGUUUUCCGCGACGAAACUGGAGUCAACCUGUGUGCCGAAACUUGCUGCGGACUCCGCCGAACGACGGAUGAUAAUCAUCGACGGUAUGGGAAAAAGCGCGCUCCCUUCGAUGCUCUCUUCGCGAGCUCCCCUUGUUCGUUCUGUGUGAACGAACGGAAAAACGGAGACGCGAUGAUCCGCGUGUGUACGCGCGCGAUGCUGCUGGAUCUUGAGGACCCGCACCGACAAAGAGAGAAUGAAAAAGAGAGAGGAUGUAAUCAACCCUGCCCCGACACGUAUUCGCGCGCGCGCGCGCGCGCUCCUUUCUCUCCGCGCGUACGCGCGCCGUAUAUAAAUUAUUAUAUAUGCGUGCGCGAUAACUUACAUUGUUAAUGUUGUUAUAAUACUGAAAAUACUGUUGUUGUUGUUUAGUUGUAGAGCUCGCCGCCGCUAGUCACUUCCCCCCUCCCUCGCCUUCCACUCUCCGCUCCUCUUCACGCCCGUUACCAUCCCCUUGUGCUCAGCUUCCCCGUUAACUAACCACGAUCUUCUCUCUAAAACCUCGUUUGACGAUCACAUCGAAAAAAAAAACAAAAAACAGGGCGUUUAUGUUCCUCCACGACAAAGACACGGUUUCAUCACUUAACAUUAUUCAAAUUAUUAACACGCGCAUUUGCGAAAGAUUGUUUUUUUUUUUUUUAUUCUCUCUAUUCGAUGAUGGUCGAUCGAAUGCGACGUUCGGUUAUUUCGUGUUCGAUCAACGCGGUUCGUUUUUCGUCAACGUGUGUUGUUCUUGGAAAUUUCACAUUUAUUGCAUAAAGUUCGCGAGAAACGGCAUUGUCGCACGAAGUCUCGUUUUCGGCGCGUAUAUAUAUAUGUAUAUAUAUAUAUAUAUAUACAAUACAAUCUCUUGGGAGAUCUUAUUAAAGUCAACGCACAGGGAUUCGACGGUUUGCGCGCAAACUUCUCUCUUAAACAGGUUUGAUCAUGAUGUCUCACGAGACGCGAAACUGAUCUUUUUGUUACGCGAGUUUAUAUACGAUUUUGUACAUUUCGUGCGUUUUAAAUGUAGGAUGUGUCCGUAUACACACACAGUGUUCCUCUUAUUUAAUGUAUUAAUGACACACACACACACACACAUCCAUCAGGGAGAUCUCUGAUUAUAAUCGAGUUUUCUCUUCGAAAUUUCUUCGUACGUUUUGAUCUUAUUGCCCGUAAAGAGGACAUUUAAUUAUUAAUUCAUACAUUAGCGAUGUGUUUGCACAGAUAAUCGCGCAAACGGAUUGUUUGUGAAAACCGUAGUAAUUUUAUAAUGUAAUUUCUUUUUAAGAUAUAGUUUCGACACAGAUAUUUAAGUAUAUAUACAUGUAACAACCUCGCUCAAGGUUGUUGGACCGUGCAUGGACGUGUUUAGAAUCGAACUGAUCAUUUGAGACCAACGAUUAUUGACGUUAGAAUCGUUGCGAGAAAAUCGUCCCGUGGAGUCCACAAUAACGAAAUACAAAAUGAUGGAGCAUGCAUCGCAGAUCGAAUUGUAUUUCCGAGUUGUUGAUUUUUCUUCUUUUUUUUUUUUUUUCUCUCCGCGCGUAUAUAUGUAUAUUAUUCGGAUAACCUUUUCCGUAGCAGUUGUAGACUAUUUUUCAUAUUACGGAAACUACGUUUUCCGAAAGUGCGUUUCGUGAAUCGUGCAUUAUAUUAGCGACUGAACAGUUUUUCGCGUCGCUAAAACAACUUGUUUUCUUUCUCCCUUCGCGUUUUUAGUUCAACUAACUUAACUGUUAUCGAUUAGAGUUUUGCUUAAUUGACUCGUACGUUUUUUUCUAUUCAUUUCGUCUAUUAUUUCGUUACUUCGUCGCGAUAGUUCGCGUUCGAUUUGCAUUUAACCUGUUAAUUAUCACUCUUUUUUUUUCGCUGGUACGAAUAAAUGUUCGUUCAUUUAUUUUUUAUUCGUGCAUUUAUGUUUCUUAUAAAUUGCUGCACUACCAAAUAGCGUGGGCGCUUGAUGAACAUUCGUAGAUAACGUGUGUGUAAACGAACAACUGACGGAAGGUAAUGGUGUGAUUGUUGGCAAACAGACACAUACAGGAACUAUCGAGAGUUUGUAUAGAAUAUCAAUAUGAAGAAUGCUUAGUAUUUAAUUACACAUCUAUCGUGUAAAACCAAUGGUGUGUGUGUCCAUGUGUUGGAUGAUCGAACAUCGAACAACUAAGAAAAAAAAAAAAAAAGUUUAUUCUCGGUUCUCAUAGGAAAAAUAUCGCAAUCACAUCGUAAUUCAUUAUAACUUGUGAUCGCCACCACUCUCGAAUUGAAUAAACAAAAGCGGGAAAAAGCGAGAAAUGUACUGCUUUUUCUCCAUCCAUCGACGAAGAUACUCGUCUUUCUCUCUCUCUUUAUAUCAUUAUCUUUUUUUUUUUUUUUUUUUUUUUUUAGUUUUAUUAGUGUAGUAGAAUACGUAGAGCAUUGGUAGCUUUUAGUCGUCUUUGUGAUCGUGUAAGACUUUCCUUUUCGCUCUGCAACACUUUUUAUUAAUUUCUCGAGAUAUACACUAUGGUUACAUUACACUAUUUACAUUCUGAGGCACCUUUGGUUUUCUUCUUUCUCACUCUCGCGUCACUCUGCUUAACAAAACACGUUGUUGCCGCUUACAAUUUCGUAAUUUUUUUUUUUAUUUUUGUUUUUUUUUGUUUUUACGAAUCACACUGUCUUAAACUCACUCCAUCGCUUUUUGCUCCACCAGAGUAGUGCUAUAAUAAAAAAAAAAAAAAUCCAUUAUUCUCCGUAAUCCUAUCCAAUUAUUGCGCGCAGCCGUUUUAGGUUUGCGUGUCGACAUCAUUCACAUCUUCUCUCAACUUUAUAAAUAUAUUAAUAUAUUUUGUUGAACGAGCCGCGCACACAAUCGACGAAAAUUUUCACAACUCCUCGCUACACGCGCGCGGUUCCAUGCAUGUUUACUAUUAUUAUAUUAUAUUUUUAUUAUAUUACUGUAUUAUAUUGUAGUAUUACACUGUGUUGCGACUUUUGAUACCAUUUUCGAUUGUUGAUACGAGAUAUAUCACAAAAAUGUGUCUUGAAAUAUCGUGAGAAAAAACGCGCGAGGCUAGCUGGCACGACCCUAACGCGUCCCUAUAUGUAUCGCCGUUACAUAGAACUUCGUGUGAAUUAUGUCAGGAUCUUUGACUGCCGAUUUAUACUGUUAGGUUUGCGCCGAGCUGAAAGUUCUGGAAAGUUUUUGAAUCAAUCCAAAAUUUUCGGACUCUCGCGCGGACUCCGAGGUUUCUCACUUUCACGGUAAAAUUUAUUAUGUAUCACGAACACCAAAGAUGUGGACUUUGUUUUUUUUUUUUUAUAUAUUGAGUAAU